AGGUGGAUUGUUCUGUUGUUACCUUGACCAUCAAAGUGUUACCACCAAGAAAACUGUUGUGCUAGUUUCAAUCAAUCGACCAGAAACAUGACUGCGCGGCCACAUAUGUACCUGACCCGCAAGGAAUGUUUCAGUGCGUGCCACCGGCUACACAGCCCCUUCCUGAGCGACGAGGCCAAUCGAGAGGUGUACGGCAAGUGCAAUAAUCCCAAUGGUCACGGACACAACUACACCGUUGAAGUCACGGUUUAUGGUCCGGUGGACAGCAAAACGGGUAUGGUAAUGAACAUCACCGACCUGAAGAAGGCGAUGGAACAGGCGAUCAUGAAGAAAUUGGACCACCGCAACCUGGACAAGGAUGUGGCAUACUUCAAGAAUCUACCCAGCACGACGGAAAACGUGGCCAUCUUCAUAUGGGACAGUUUGAAGCUGCUGAUGGCAAAGCCGGAACUGUUGUCCGAGGUGAAAAUCUACGAGACGGACAAGAACUCGGUGGUCUAUCGUGGCGAAAUGUGUGUGGCUGGACAGCCCUCGGUGACCGUGUACCGGGCGGAGACGAAGAAGCAUUUUCCUAACUCGUGUGACACGUCGUGCACUCUUGGCUCCGAUUCGGAUAACUAACCCAACGACCGUCGUCGUUGCUGUAUGUAAUUGAAUCUCGAAAAAUGCGAACGAAAAACAGCCUCAUCGCUGUAUCAGUAUUUGCAUGCGUAACCGACCGGGUUAUCACCGUUCGAUGGCGGGAACACAGGUAUGUGUUUGAUAUUUUUCACUUUACAUAGUUGCUAUUAAAGGAUUUCGA